CUAACAUCAUGGAUCUCGCCAACCUCCUCUCCCACACCGUCUACACUCCUAAGGACUCGAGCCACUACAAGCGCUCAGCUCCUCUCUCUCCCCCAGUCGAGGAACCAAAAUGCUCGCUGCCUUCUAUUUCAGCCCUCCUCGAGGGUGCCGAUGGUGCUCAGCAUUCAGCCAAGCGCCAACGUCUCUCACCUCACCGUGAUGACAUCCGGCACUACGAAAUGCCCCCAACACCACCGCUGCGCCCAGGCUCAGGAAACGGCCAAAGCCGCGCCUCGCCGGUAAACACAAAGGAAUCCCACCACCGUUCCUCAGUCUCCAGCACGAGCUCAAUCCACAUCAACGCACAACCCUAUGCCUCGCCCGCUCCCAGCGUCUCCUCCUACACAUCCCCAGUCGAGGCCCCCCAACAUCAACACCACCAACAACCAAUGUACUACACUCGCCCACCAACAGCCUCAACCUUCGCGCCAGCCACCCCAGUGACAGUGCCAGCCCCAAUGCCAACGGUGCAAACCCAACACCACCACGCCCACGGCCACUCCAACUCCCAGUCCUCAUCUGCCCUGAUCUCCCCCCCUGGCAACACCACCAUUACUUCCCCCUCCACCGCAGCACCUUUCCAACAGAACCACGACCGGUAUAUCUGCCGCACAUGCCACAAGGCCUUCUCCCGUCCUUCCUCCCUCCGCAUUCACAGCCACUCGCAUACCGGCGAGAAGCCUUUCCGGUGUACGCAUGCCGGCUGUGGCAAGGCCUUCUCCGUGCGGAGUAACAUGAAGCGCCACGAGAGAGGAUGUCAUUCCGGACGGCCUGUUCCUGCUGCUGCUACUGCCCUUGUGGUUUAG